CCCAAGGCCAAACUCACUAGCCCAGCUCUCUGGAGGGAACUUUAGUCUUCUGCAGGCAGGCAACCGUGAAACCUCAGACAGCAGUCGCCGCCCACGGUGGGGAAUUUUAGCUUUAUCCCUGGAAGCCCACCGCCGGAGGCGGCGAAGCUCUCCAUCACCAUCUUUCCUUUACAUUAUAUAGCAAGUCGAAGCACAACGACAACAGUAACCUCAUAUCUCGGAAGCGAAAAGGACUCUGCAGACUGUAUCCCAUCAUUCCGAAUUUUAUCUGAAGUGUAGGCUUGGUGUAGGAACUAGAGGAACGGCAGAGGAAUCCAGUUUCAAUGUGUAUUUAGUCGUUUAGCUCACUUCGUUCUGGUCUUGAGAAGAAUUUCACUUCUGAGUUCGAAUACGGAUUUAGUGGUGAAUUCUUUAGUGCUCUUAUAUGGAGGAUCAGAGCUCUAGGAGUGGUAAUCAUGGUAAUGGUAGCGAGAACCAGUGGAGAGCUGAGGAAGCGAUUGCUGGAAACUCCGAGGCCCUUCAAGCACUAAGAGAAUUGAUCGUGUUCCCGCUACUAUUUUCGCAAGAAGCUCGAGAAAUUGGUCUAAGAUGGCCACGAGGUCUACUUUUAUACGGUCCCCCUGGUACUGGCAAGACAAGCUUAGUACGUGCAGUUGUUCAGGAAUGUGGUGCCCAUUUAACCAUUAUCAGUCCACAUUCAGUUCACAGAGCACAUGCUGGAGAAAGUGAAAAAGUUCUGCGUGAGGCUUUCUCCAAGGCCUCAUCCCAUGCAAUAUCAGGAAAGCCAUCGGUUAUCUUUAUAGAUGAAAUUGAUGCGCUUUGUCCUCGUCGGGAUUCUAGGAGAGAGCAAGAUGUUCGUAUAACCACUCAACUUUCUAUACUGAUGGACUCCAAUAAGCAAUCAGCAUCUGGUGACCCACAAAGUGGAUGCAAUUGAUCCUGCACUUAGAAGGUCGGGGCGUUUUGAUGCUGAAAUAGAAGUGACAGCACCAACUGAAGAUGAACGGCAUCAGAUUCUAAGGCUGUACACAAGGAAGGUUCAAUUGGAUCUAGAAGUUGAUUUACGUGCCAUAGCUGCAUCUUGCAAUGGGUUUGUAGGAGCUGAUUUGGAAGCUUUGUGUCGCGAAGCUGCUAUGGCUGCAUUGCAAAGGUGUUCAGGUACAAAUGAGAAUGCUACUCUCACUCUGACAACAGAAGACUGGAAGCAUGCAAGAUCUGUUGUUGGCCCAAGCAUGACUAGAGGUGUCACUGUCGAAGUUCCAAAUGUGACUUGGGAUGAUAUCGGAGGACUUAAAGAUUUGAAAAAAAAGCUACAGCAGUCAGUUGAAUGGCCUAUCAAACAUGCUGCUUCUUUCUCAAAGCUGGGUAUAUCACCUGCACGUGGAAUUCUUUUGUACGGGCCUCCUGGUUGUUCAAAAACAACCCUCGCUAAAGCAGCUGCAAAUGCUGCUCAAGCAUCCUUUUUUUCACUCAGUGGUGCAGAGAUGUUUUCAAUGUAUGUUGGAGAGGGAGAGGCUCUACUGCGCAACACAUUUAGAAGAGCUCGUCUUGCUGCACCAAGCAUAAUAUUUUUUGACGAGGCAGAUGUUGUUGCUGCCAAAAGAGGUGGGAGUUCAAGCGGCAACGUUGCAGUAGGGGAGAGGCUUUUAUCUACGUUGUUAACUGAGAUGGAUGGUCUUGAAGAAGCUAAAGGAAUACUUGUUUUAGCUGCUACAAACCGUCCUCAUGCGAUUGAUGCUGCGCUUAUGCGACCAGGACGGUUCGACUUGGUGCUCUAUGUUCCUCCACCGGAUUUAGAAGCCCGGCACGAGAUACUUUGCGUUCAUACUCGUCCAAUGAAAAUCGGAAGUGACGUCGACCUCAAGAAAAUAGCAGAGGAUACAGAGCUCUUCACGGGGGCUGAACUGGAGGGCCUGUGUAGGGAAGCUGGAAUUGUAGCUUUAAGAGAAGAUAUAACUGCCAGUGUUGUUUGUGGUCGCCAUUUUCAGACGGUAAAGGAUUCUUUGAAGCCAGCUUUAACUUUAGCAGAUAUUGAUUUAUACUCCACUUUUAUGAUGACCCGUUCUGCUCUUCCUUCUCAGCAUCCCGAUUUAAGUCCCAAGAAUAAGGGCAAUAGUAAAAGAAAUUUAUUGGGUCCUGUGUCUUUGGUUAAACUUGGUCUGGUUGGUUGUAUCUUUCUCGUUGUUGCUAAAUAUUCUCUCUCUGAGAAAUAUGAGGUUGAACAAGAAUUGAUGACUACCUAGGCUUAGUAGCUUUGGGUUGGUUUUUUCGGGUAA